UCCCCUUGCAGCAGGCUACAUAAGCAGGUAGACACUGCCGCUACUGCCCGGUGGCUUAUUCCUGAGCGUACACUACUUGUAGCCGGUUGCUUAUCGCUGCUGAUAGUUCCUACCAUCCCACAAAUUAUUGCAUUCUAUGUCUGUAUUACCGACUAUCCGCCUAACUCAUUUUUGAAAACAUGCCAAACAACCAAUCGCCUUUCGAUAUACCCUUUGACGAACUGCCAAACCCGAAGCAAGUAUGGGUUGGAGAGCCGGGAAGCCACGAGGAAGGAUUGGGGAAGCUCGCCAUCUUGACUCCGGAGGUGGUGGCAAAGGCUGCCGCAACUGAAAUCAAGACUGGCCGACGGGUGACGAUGGGAUGGGAACUGACCAAGCUGGAUUAUCCUAAUUUGAACCGUCAGCCAUGCCAUCACCAGAUCGUCCCGCUUCUGGGCGGUGUGGCCUUUGAUGAUAUCUUUACAAUGAACCCUCAACAGAGUAGCCAGUGGGAUGGUCUACGGCAUUUUUCGCAGACAGUUGACGGCCAAACCGAGCGAGUGUUCUAUGGAGGCACGAAGACCGAGGAGAUCACCGACCGCAAGAACGACCGGAUUGGUUUACAACAUUGGGCGCGGGAGGGUAUCGCUGGUCGCGGGGUAUUGAUCGACUAUGCCACAUGGGCAGAGAAAAAAGGCAUAAAAUACAGCACAUUUUCGACGCAUCAGAUUCGGCUUUCAGACAUCGAGGAGAUUGCCAAGGAAUGUGGCAUUGUUUUCCAAAAGGGUGACAUACUUUUCGUCCGCAUCGGGGUAACCAAGGAAUGGGACACGAUCAUGACCGAUGAUCAGAAGCAGCAGUACGCCAAUAAUCCGACCCCGGAGCACGCUGGGGUCGAGGCGACUACAGAUAUGCUGCGAUGGCUCUGGAACACUGGAUUCGCUGCGAUAGCUAGUGAUGCAAUUAGCUGGGAGGUCUACCCGCCCCAGUCGCCGGAUGUGUUCUUGCAUGAGUAUGUACUCGCAGGUUGGGGUAUGCCAAUCGGGGAGCUAUUUGAUCUGGAGGCAUUGUCGCGAACUUGCCAAGACCUCCAGCGCUGGUCUUUCUUUAUUGCUUCCGUCCCCCUGAAUAUGCCAGGCGGAGUAUCCUCGCCUCCAAAUAUUAUGGCCAUUUUCUAAAUCGAGCACACAUGGCAUGCAGGGAUCAAUCUUUCAACAAUGCUUUGCAUUGUCGGCGGGUGACUU